GAGCAGUGAGCAAGACAGCAGUGAUCAACAAUAAUCUUAAUUCCCAGCCCAGCAGAUCCCAGUUUAAGGAAAGAAAGGCAUAAAUGAUCAAACAAAGGAAUUACUUGAAAGAGGAGUUGUAAGGCAAAAGACUUAAGUUCUCACACUGGUGUUUUUCUUUGAAAAUAAGAUCUAAACUCUUAAAACCAGAAGGUGCUUUACAGAAAACAUAAACAGGGAGGGAGAGGAGGGGACAAACUAAAAUAACUGAAGCCGUGAUGAAGGACUCAACUCUGUGUCUUUUCAAAGAGCAGUGUGGAAAUAUUCUCCAUUGAAAGCCCCCAAGCAACCACUGAUCUGGCUUUUGACUAAACAAAUUAUUUCUGUGAGGAAGAAGCAACCAUGAAGCUUCCUCUGGUUCUGGGCUGACUGAGAAGUGAGGGGUGCAGGGGCUGGGCCUGUCAGAAGUGUGGUCUGACCAGAAGGAACCUGGCUGGAGGUUUAAUUGAACACGUGGCUCCCUGGGAAGGUUCAGAGGAGGUGCUGCAGGGUAGGGGAGCAGCUGUGCAGAUACAGACCCUGGAUUGAGCUUUGCUGCUUAUCAGAUAUCAGCUCCUCAGUUCUGCACACCACAUCUGGUUCCAAGCAGGAGGAGCAGUACUUGUCCUUGUAGAAUGUUCAGUGAAGCUCACAAAGAAGAGGGAGUUCUGCCAUCUCAGUUUGGACUCUGUGGUCUUUGAGCUCUCAGUGGGUCCCUUCCAGCUCAGAAUAUCCAGUGGUUCUGUGACCCCACAUGACCCUGGUGUAGCUGAUCAGAAGGAGUUUUCUUGCCACUCUGUAAAUCACCACUAAGGGCAUUGCCCUGACUUUGGAGGCUCUUCGUGUUGACCUCAAACACAUUUGGGACAGCUUCUGCCUCAUAGUUCCCCUUUCCACCACUGCUGAACUUCCGUUGAUGCCACAGGCCUCAGCCAGCAGGGGCCAUGCGGUGCUCUCCGAAACGCUCCCUCACGGUUCUGCUCGCUACCUCCUUUCUCCUCCUCCUCCUCCUCCAUGCGGGCAGACGGCAGGAAGAGGAUCCCCUGGAGGACACGAUCCUGCAGCUGCUGCAGCCGAAGGGCGCCCAGCACAUCCUCAGGGACACAGCUGAGCUCUCUGCACUCCACAACAUCUCCUACCAGCUCCUCGCUGGCUCUCCGGCUCCCCAAAAAAAAUUCCUGGCAGUGGGAAUGGCAUCCGUGCAGAGGCCACGUGGUUUCUACCUGCUGGCCACGCUCCAGUCCCUCUUCAGCCAGUCUACAGAGGAGGAACUGCAGGAGAUGGUGGUGGUGGUGCACCUGGCUGACACUGAUCCUGGCUGGAACGCGCGUGUUGCCGCCACCAUCGCCCAGAAGUUUGCUCGCCACAUCCUCCUGGGCCGGCUCCUGCUCAUCCAUGCUCCCCCUGAAUUCUACCCCACCCUGGAAGGCCUGAAGAGGAACUUCAACGAUGCAGAGGAGCGGGUGAGGUUCCGCUCCAAGCAGAAUGUGGACUAUGCCUUCCUGCUCGCCUUCGCCGCCAACCUCUCCUCCUACUACCUGAUGAUUGAGGAUGACGUGUGGAGCGCCAGGUCCUUCCUGACGGCCAUCCGCAGGGCAGUGGCUUCCCAGGAGGGUUCCAACUGGGCCACCCUUGAAUUCUCCAAGCUGGGCUACAUUGGAAAGCUCUACCGCUCCAGUGACCUUCCUCGCCUGGCUCAAUUCCUCCUCCUCUUCUACCAGGAGAUGCCCUGUGACUGGCUGCUGGUCCACUUCCGCCAACUGCUCACUCAGAAGGACGUGAUCCGCUUCAAGCCAUCCCUCUUCCAGCACAUGGGCUUUUAUUCCUCCUUCCAGGGCACUGUCAACCGGCUGGAGGACGAGGAUUUCCAAGCUGAUGCCUUGGACCUCCCGGACAACCCGCCAGCAUCCCUGUACACCAGCAUGUCCAUCUUUGAGAACUACGAGCCCCUCAAAGCCUACAGCUCGGCACAGGGGUACUUUUGGGGCAAAGACCCAGCAGCUGGCAGUACUUUUUCCAUUGUGUUCCAGCAGCCAGCCCGAGUCAGCCGUGUCCGGGUGCGCACGGGCUCCGUGGAGCGCCCAGGUGAUUUCCUGCGCGCAGGGCUGCUGGAGCUGGGCCAGCGCCGGGACCACAGCCGGGACUGCUCCUCCUACAUCCCUGUGGGCUCCUUCAAGAAGGGGACCCUGGAGCAGCAGGGUCUGGAGAGGGUCCUGCCUGGGCCCGUGGAGUGCGUGAGGAUCCGGGUGACGCAGGACCAGAGCGAGUGGCUCAUCAUCCAGAGCAUCGACAUCUGGACCACAGCAGGCACUUGAGCAUAACACCUGUGGCAGGAUGUCAAAGCUCCUGGAUUUGGUUCCUUUAUUUUUCACAUUGCCUUUUUGGAUAAGAAAUUAAGUUAUUGGCUCUCACUGGUCCAUGUCUGGAGAGAUGGAAACCACUGACGUGGGCUGUGGAUGGGUCUAGGAGCAGGGCACAUCAGAAUGUACCUGCUGGAGGAUGCCCCAAUGAGCCAGGGAGGGGGCACAGGAAGGGGAAGGGGCUUGGGAAUUCAAGGCUGAGCGGCAGAAAACCUUUCCUCCCGGGGAGGAUGAUGUACAGGACAAAGCUGAUCAGCUAAUUAACAAACCAAAUAAUUAA